GGUUGGAACGUUCCUCCAAACUCCACUAUAAAUGGCCAUGUCUUCUGCAAAUAUGAACCCACUAAUACAGACUUCAUUUCUAAGGAGAGCUUAGAAAUUCUUAGAUUCAAAUGGCUCUAGACCACAUAAUCAGCUCCUUUCAAGACAAGACUAUCUUAAUUACUGGUUCUACUGGAUACCUAGCCAAGAUUUUUGUAGAGAAAAUUCUCCGGGUCCAACCCGAAGUGAAGAAACUGUUUCUUCUCAUAAGAGCCUCUGAUCUCAACUCCGCCAAAAACCGACUACAUGACGAAAUUUUACAAAAGGAGCUAUUCAAGGUCUUGAGGGAGAAACAUGGAACUGGGUUCGAUUCAUUUGUUGGAGAGAAGAUAUUUCCAGUAGUGGGUGAUCUCCGCCAUCAAAGCUUGGGAAUCAAGGACUUGGAUAUCAGAAACAAAUUAUGGAGGGAAGUUGAUAUGAUCAUAAAUGCUGCAGCGGCUACUUCAUUUGAUGAAAGGUACGACGUGGCGUUGAAGAUUAACACUUUGGGAGCAUUCCAUGUUAUUGACUUCGCCAAGAAAUGCGAGAGAAGGAUGGAGGUCUUGCUUCAUGUUUCAACUGCUUAUGUUUCGGGGAAUGAGCCGGGGUUGAUAAUGGAGAAGCCCAUUAAACUUGGUGAGACCCUAAUUCCAAACACUCACUUAGACAUUGACUUCAAGUUGAAACUUGUGGAGAGUGAAUUGGAGAAGGCAAGGAAUGAAGGGGCAGACGAAAAAACUCAACGCCUUGCAAUGAAAAUGCUGGGCCUGAAAAGGGCUAGGUUGCAUGGUUGGCCUAAUACAUACACUUUCACCAAAGCCAUGGGAGAGAUGUUGAUGGGGCAUUUGAGAGAGGAAGUACCGGUAGUUAUCAUGCGGCCAAGCAUAAUAGCAAGUACCUUCUCUGAUCCUUUCCCCGGUUGGAUUGAAGGCGCCAGGACAUUUGAUAGCCUUAUUGUGAACUUUGCAAAGGGAAAGGUCAACUACUUUCUAGCCAAACCAAAUGUUAUCAUGGAUGUGAUACCAGGGGACAUGGUGGUGAACGCUAUGAUCGUGGCCAUGGCAACUCACCGUAGUGAAAGCUCUCUGCACAUCUACCAUGUUACCUCCUCUACUUGGAACCCUAUCAACUACGACCUAAUUGCAGACACUAGCCAUCGCUACUUCUCUAGAAACCCGUGCUGUGAUGAGCGUGGCAGACCCAUUGUGGUCAAAAAGGUUCUUCUCCUCACCUCAAUGACCCAAUUUCGAUGGCACAUGACAUUUCUCUACUAUCUUCCUCUACAGAUCUUGAAACUCGUGAAUAAAGUUUUAUUGCAAAAAUUUCGACUUCAAUACAACAAGCUCAAUACGAAUUACAACUAUGUGAUGCAUUUGGCAGAGCUUUAUGAACCCUAUGUGUGUUUUAAAGGAUGGUUUGACGAUUUGAAUGCAGGAAAGCUACGAUCUAUGGUGUCACCUAGAAGUAAUUUGGCUUUUGAUACACAGAUCAUUGAUUGGGAUGAUUAUUUCAUGACUAUCCACAUCCCGGGCUUGGUUAAAUAUGUGCUUAAAUGAUCUCAGAAAGAAAGACUUCUUGGGGGACAUGAUUAUUAACUUCCAGUAUUGAAGGAUUGACAUUUCCUUUUGGGGUGGAAAUGAAGGAAACUUUUGUGUGAUUAAGAAUGCCCCAUAAGUAAUAUCUUUAAUUUAUGUAUUUCACCAUUAUGAAUUUGGACAUUAUCAGAAAGUCCUGACAGACGCUAAGGGCUCAUUUGGCUCCAUGGGUUAGGUUUUGAGUCAAAACCGUAUUAUGUCAAAACUUGAUUAUGUUAAAACUUGGUUACUUAAAUAGGACUUAUUUGGAUGCUUUUCAAUA